ACACAAACUGAAAAUGUUGAAACUCAUCGCAGCCAUCGUACUCCUUGGAGUGGCCCAGGCAUUCAUCUUUGAAGAACCAGAGUAUACAAGAAGACAGAUUGCUACAGUGAAGGAGCUAGAUGGGGCCAAGUACACAGGAAGGUGGUACCAGGUCUAUGGUAACAAGUUUGGGGAGGUCACCUAUGGCAAGAAUCCAUACUGUGUCAUGGCCAACUAUGCCCUGAUCAAUGCCACUACCAUCAGUGUCUUCAACUCUGGUAAAACAGAGUCUGUCAAUGGCACAUGGAGACAAAUAGAGGGCUCUGCUACUCAAAUUGACCCCAUGAAUGAGCCUGGAAAGUUCCAACUCAACCUGGAAUUCGUACCCUUCCCCGCUGCUUACUGGGUUAUGAAGCUUGGCCCAGUCAAGGAUGGUCAAUACGAGUACUCUCUCGUCACCAACGACAAAGGUGGUGCCCUCUAUGUGUUGGUCCGUGACCCAGUUGUCUUCAAACAGAAAUAUGAGAAAGAAGCACUAGAGUUCUUGGAGCAGAAGGGAUUCACUGAAGAGUUCAUUAAGCCUGUAUAUACAUACCACGGAGCUGACUGCCCAUAUGUCAACAAGAAACAGCCAAACUGGUUGGACAACCUUUGGGAAAUCAUUGGCUAUUAAACUAUGGGAUCUGAACAUCACUUGAAAUAUUUAUUAUAACUUAUUUAUUUAUCACUUGGAAAUAUAAAAUAUAUUUAUACUUAA